AUGGAAAUCUGUUCAGUGUGGCCGGGUUUCAGUCACAUCAAAUCAGCUGGUCGAGUCAUCCUCUAUGACUUAACUGACUUUGACUCCCUUGGUAAUUCUGCAGCUUCUCUAUGUGGCACUGCUCCACUCAACGGCAGGAUAGUGGGAGGUGAAGAUGCUCCACCUGGAUACUGGCCGUGGCAGGUCAGUGUGCAGCUACGUGGUAAACAUUUUUGUGGCGGUUCCCUCAUCAACAAAGAGUGGGUGAUGUCUGCUGCUCACUGCUUCUCUGGUUCAAGUCCUUCUGGGUGGACGGUUUCUCUUGGUCUUCAGAGUCUGCAGGGUGAAAAUCCAAAUAAGGUGUCCAGAAAUGUUGUCAAAAUCAUUUUGCACCCAAACUAUGACAGUGAGGCCUACGACAACGACAUCGCUCUGCUCAGACUCUCCUCACCAGUCAGAUUCACUGACUACAUCAGACCUGUGUGCCUGGCAGCAAGUGGCAGUGUGUUCAACAAUGGCACUGAUAGCUGGGUGACUGGCUGGGGUGCAGUCAAGGAGGGAGUGGCCUUACCCUUCCCUCAAACGCUGCAAGAAGUGGAGGUGCCAGUUGUGGGAAACAGACAGUGUAACUGCCUGAAUGGAGUGGGCACAGUCACAGACAACAUGAUCUGUGCUGGUGUUCUGGCAGGAGGCAAAGACUCAUGCCAGGGAGACUCAGGAGGUCCAAUGGUGAGUAAACAGGGCUCUGUUUGGGUCCAGUCUGGAAUUGUAAGUUUUGGUUUUGGUUGUGCUCAGCCCAAUCUGCCAGGAGUCUACUCCAGAGUGUCCCGUUACCAGUCCUGGAUCAAGUCCCGCAUUCGCUCUAAUAGGCCAGGAUUUGUGCGGUUCAUCUCCAGCGGGCUGGACUCUGAUAGCAACUACACCUGUCCUGGUCCUCUAACAAGACCCUCAAGUGGGAAAGGCUACCAUUUAAGUAAGCACAUCUUGACUCCUUUAUCAGAGCCCUCAAACGUCAACAAGAUCUACUUCAACUAG